CCGCGCAUGCACGGCUCAGGGAGCAAACGGACACAGUGGAUCACUGAUCACGGAAAGAGUCGAAGAUGUCAGCUCAGUCGUGUGAUCAGCUGUGUCCAAUCACAGCUGAUCACAUGGGACAUGUACACUGAUCAUCAGUGUGCCCUAAUGAUCAGUGUAGCCCCAGCAGUGCCACCUGUCAGUGUCCAUCAGUGCCUUGUGUCAGUGCUCAUCAGUGCCUCGUGCCAGUGCCCAUCAGUGCCACAUCAAUGCCACAUAUCAGUGCCUACCAGUGCAUAUCCAUGCCACAUAUCAGUGCCCGUCUGAGCUGCCUUUCAGUGUCACCUAUCAGUGCCAGUCAGUGCCACCUAUCAAUGCCAGUGUUGCCAGUCAGUGCCGCCUAUCAGUGCUCAUCAGUGCCGCCUAUCAGUGCAUGUCAGUGCCACCUAUCAGUGCC